AUGUGGUCACGUUACGUAACGCAGCAACGUCAUGACGUCAUUGCGCACAGGGUAGAACAGCGCACAGGAGCGCCAAGUGAAACUGUAUUUAAGGUGAUGGGUGUUAAGGAUGAAGUCCGCUAUGUAUCGAGUCCUCUAGCCAUGCUCACUGCUGCCUGCAACAAAUUUGGGGGCUCUAGUCCCAUCAGGGAUUCUCCAACUUCAGCAAAAUCAGUAAAGAAGUCAUACAGUCCCAACAAUGAAUUCUGUGCCACUAAACUGAUGGGAGAUGGAUAUUCUUCAACAUACCUGGGAGGGAGUAGUUUGAUGACACAAUGUGGAACACCACCUGCACCAUCAAGCUAUGGGGGAGACUAUGGGUCUUUCUCUCACUCAUUUCCUUCUUCCUCAGGGUGUCAAGAUCCUAAAAGCCUCUCAACAGCAGAAUGUGUACCAGGAGUGUACACCUCUCUUGAUAUGGGACAUCCCUAUGGCUCAUGGUAUAAAACAGGCAUCCAUCACCCCUCAAUUUCCAGUUCUCCUCCAGGUACUGGGAGCUCAUGGUGGGAUGUGCAUCCCAACACUAACUGGCUUGGCAACCAAUCACAGACAGAUGGUCUGUCAGCCUCCAUGUCAACAGUUACAAGUUCAGCAGGCAUGGGAACCCAGUAUAGUGCUGAAUAUACCACCCUGACCCCUGCCACAUUCUCUUCAGUAGGUUUUUCCUCAAUUUCUCCUUCAUCGAGCCCUUCCCCUUCAUCUCACUUACUUUCUCCUUCCCAGCAUGGCCUAAACCCAGACAUCUACAAGCCCAAGCUUCUGGGCACCAACGCUUUGAUGGAGGGACAAGGACCUUUGAAGCCCCAGAGAGGAACUUCAUAUGGCAAUACUGGACGCCCAUCUUGUGACUGCCCAAACUGCCAAGAGCUGGAGAGGCUAGGUACUUCAGCUGCUGGUCUAAAGAGGAAGCCAGUUCAUAGCUGUCACAUCCCAGGAUGUGGAAAAGUGUAUGGAAAAGCAUCACACCUAAAGGCUCAUCUGCGCUGGCAUACAGGAGAGAGGCCAUUUGUUUGUAAUUGGCUGUUCUGUGGCAAACGUUUCACACGCAGUGAUGAGCUAGAGCGACAUGUUCGUACUCAUACACGAGAGAAAAAGUUCACAUGCCCACUAUGUUCCAAGAGGUUCACACGCAGUGACCACCUCAGCAAACAUCAACGAAGCCAUGCUGAGCAGCCUGGGGCCAAGGAGGGAGCAGUACAGGGAGAUGGGGGAGCAGUAGAGGGUCCACGAGAAGUGACAGGACCUGCAGAAGGUUCUCCUGCCAGUGGCAGCCAGGAGAGGGCGUCUAGUAGCCCAGGGCAGGGAGGGUUAUUAGAAAUAUGA